GUGUGUGUGUGUGUGUGUGUGUGUGUGUGUGUGUGUGUGUUUGCAGAACGCGUUGUCUCGUCUGCCGAUAAUGUCGGCAAAGCGUCCGGCAACGGCAGCUUCCAGCGGCAGCAGCAUGGAGAGCACGGGCCGACCAGCCCAGGCAGGAAGAGUUAUGAGCGGUAAAGAGAACGCGUUGUCUCGUCUGCCGAUAAUGUCGGCAAAGCGUCCGGCAGCUUCCAGCGGCAGCAGCAUGGAGAGCACGGGCCGACCAGCCCAGGCAGGAAGAGUUAUGAGCGGUAAAGAGAACGCGUUGUCUCGUCUGCCGAUAAUGUCGGCAAAGCGUCCGGCAACGGCAGCUUCCAGCGGCAGCAGCAUGGAGAGCACGGGCCGACCAGCCCAGGCAGGAAGAGUUAUGAGCGGUAAAGAGAACGCGUUGUCUCGUCUGCCGAUAAUGUCGGCAAAGCGUCCGGCAACGGCAGCUUCCAGCGGCAGCAGCAUGGAGAGCACGGGCCGACCAGCCCAGGCAGGAAGAGUUAUGAGCGGUAAAGAGAACGCGUUGUCUCGUCUGCCGAUAAUGUCGGCAAAGCGUCCGGCAGCUUCCAGCGGCAGCAGCAUGGAGAGCACGGGCCGACCAGCCCAGGCAGGAAGAGUUAUGAGCGGUAAAGAGAACGCGUUGUCUCGUCUGCCGAUAAUGUCGGCAAAGCGUCCGGCAACGGCAGCUUCCAGCGGCAGCAGCAUGGAGAGCACGGGCCGACCAGCCCAGGCAGGAAGAGUUAUGAGCGGUAAAGAGGUGAGUUCCAUCACAACAUCAACACACCCAUCCACGUUGCUGGUUUCUGGUUCACAUCAUUUCAGUUAGCAUCAGAGCUGCAUUCUGGUCUUCAAAUAUUGAAAAGUUAUGCCUUCCUUUUAAUUUGCAUUAUCGAUGAGUAGUUUUAAUUGUUUGUUUAUAUGCCUACCAUAUUUGUAUCUCAUUGAAAGGUUUGGUUACGCACUUAUUCAAGAUUUGCAUGGUAUUGUUAGCUGUUUGAAUCCUUUCUUGACUCAAACAAGCGAAAAUAAAAGCGGUCUGAAGAAGAGGAUAGGUUGUCAAGAUAAUUUUUAUUAAGAAGUUCUUUCAAUUACUCAAUGUUUUCCUAAGAUAGUGAUGAAGAGAAACUUAUUGUCGGCCAGCAAAAUAUUUGAUUUGAUAUUAGAGCAUGAUCAUGGGAAAGUUACCAAGGAUACAUUCAGGGAGACAAUGGGUGAACGAUAUUCUUAUAGGGAAACGUUUGCAUUGUGGGUAGUGAAUACACAGGUAACAAAGAUAAGUGGGAGUGACCAUUGUGGAGAGUUUAGGAUUGACGGGAGAGGCCAAGUUAAACUGCAAUACACUAUGGGGGAAGUGGACCCGUCGGCAAGGCGGCAAGACCAUUAAAGGAAUCUACACAACAGUCAGUCGAUUGGCCUGGCCUCAGUAUCACACUUAGUGGCUGCACUGGGAGUGCAAAUGUGAAUGAUCUUAACCUCUCUCAGUUAGAGGGGAAUGGAGGUAUCUUAAGUUCCAGGGAGAAUCUAAACGACAAACAAGGUUACUGUAAUGUUUAUAAUUGUGUAUUAUAGUCAUGAUUAAUAUUUCCACCACAGAUGGGUUCUUUUGAGUCUGGCCGUCAACAUUUCCCUCGAAGCGCCGUUCAUUUUGAAAGGCUACUGUGUUUCA